AUGAAGUUAGCCCUUCAAUCCGAUGCAUUAGUGACGAUUGAACCCCGUUCACUUUCGUGGCUGAUGCCGCUCUUCCUCUCUAUCUCUCUAUCUCUCUCCCCCUUCUCUCUCGCUCUCUGUGUGUUGCUUUUCACGUGCCUGCCUGCUGCCUCGCCAUUGCUGGGGAGCCGUGUGCCCAAGUGUGUCUGUGUAAGCAGACCCUGCUUGAAGUUGAUUAAAUGCUUCUUCCGGUUUGGUUUAUCUUUGUUCAUCCUGUUAUUAGCCAUUUACAUGGAGGGGGCUUCUUCGAGUGGGCAGAUCAUUGUUCCUGCUCUUUCUGUGCAAAUUCCAAAGGAUGCCUCGGGGACAAGUUUGUCCACUGCUACCACGCUAAAGGUUCGCAGUCUUGCCGCUGGCCAGGUGGACCGGAUCGUAUCGGCGGCGUUACCGGAUGGUAUGCUUCUGUCGAAGGAUGCUCGUACCGCUUUGUAA